UGCACGCCGUGACGUUGGACGCACGUUUCGUUGCGGAGCGCGCCAAACACGGCAAACGUAUAGUAGAAGCGCCUGAAACUAUAAAAGUAUUUAUUAACGCUAGCUUGGAGCUGAGAAUUCACAGUUAACAGGACACGAUGGCUUCUACUAGUAAAGCGCCGGUACAGACCAGAAAUUUACCAUGGGUGGAAAAAUACAGACCACAGAGACUUGAUGAUCUGAUCUCACACAAAGAUAUUCUAAGCACCAUCCAAAGGUUUAUCAGCGAGGACAAGCUUCCCCAUCUCUUGUUCUACGGCCCCCCUGGAACAGGCAAAACCUCCACCAUCCUCGCCUGUGCCAGGCAGCUGUACAAGGACAAAGAGUUCAACUCCAUGGUGCUGGAGCUAAAUGCAUCAGAUGACAGAGGUAUUGAUGUUGUACGAGGUCCCAUCCUGAGUUUUGCCAGCACCCGGACUAUCUUUAAGAAGGGCUUCAAGUUGGUGAUACUGGACGAGGCCGAUGCCAUGACCCAGGACGCCCAGAAUGCAUUGCGACGAGUGAUUGAGAAGUUCACGGAAAACACUCGAUUCUGUCUGAUCUGCAACUACCUGUCCAAGAUCAUCCCGGCCCUGCAGUCUCGCUGCACCAGGUUUCGCUUCGGCCCGCUGUCCCCGGACCAGAUGAUCCCCCGACUGGAGCAUGUAGUCCAGCAGGAGAGUAUUGACGUAACUCCAGAUGGAAUGAAGGCCAUUGUGACCCUAUCAUCUGGUGAUAUGAGAAGAUCACUCAACAUACUGCAGAGCACCAGCAUGGCUUAUGGGAAAGUCACAGAGGACGCAGUUUACACCUGCACAGGUCACCCCCUCCGCUCAGAUAUAGCCAACAUCCUCGAGUGGUCUCUCAACAAAGACUUCACCACAGCAUACAAGCAAAUCCUUCAGCUGAAGACUUUGAAAGGUUUGGCCCUGCAUGACAUCCUCACGGAGGUUCAUUUGCUCAUACACAAAGUGGACUUUCCUCCAGCUAUUCGGAUUGGUCUGCUCAUCAAGUUGGCCGACAUAGAACACCGGCUCACCUCAGGAACCGAUGAGAAGAUCCAGCUGAGCUCCAUGGUGGCAGCUUUCCAGGCAGUGAGAGAUCUCGUGGUCAGUGAGGCCUCCUAGAUACAGUAACCGCUUUACCCCACAGCAAAAAUCUGUCUCUUGAAUGCCAACCAGAGCCAUGUGAAGAGAAAAAAUUUCAGCAAUUCAUUAGUGGCCACAAUCACUCGUUUGUACCACAAUGAAAAAACAAGUGCACCGUACUGCUACAUCCAGAACUCAGGCAGUGUUUCGGAAAACUCAAUUAGUCCUCUAAAAGAGAGACUGGUCUUUUAUUUCCUUCUCUGCCAUCCUGCUUCCUUGGUUGCUGUAACUAAAAACCUUUUUAAAACAGUACCUCCUGUAUCCACGGUCCUUUCUGGAAGAGUGUAUAGUAUUCACUCAUUUAUUUCUCUCCCUGUGGCUGUGGUGUGAAAUGAUGCUGAGAAUAGGUAGAUUCCCCCCCCAGCCAAACGGGUGAUUUCACUGAUAAGAAAUCUGUAAAAUCACCAGUUUUUGUUUUUGGUUGCCUACCACCGCUCCGCAGACCGAAUGUACAGUGCGGCAGAUGUCUCGGACAAAGAUGCUAGCAGCUAUCUGAGCAACUCCCAUCUGCAUGCAAACUGAGCAAAAUGGAAGACGGUUGAUUUGUAGGUCUAGCACCAAAAAUGAUCCAUCCUCCUGCGCAUGUCGUAAUCGUAUGGACUUGAAAAACAGAAAUUCCGAUUAUCGGAGUCAGACCAAUUAACAGUCAUUGAUUAAUCCAGCUAUCCUUGGUGUGAGAAUAAUAGUUGUUGGACAUGUAAAUGUUUGAAUCUGUUUAAUAAAACUAUUUCCUAUAA